AGAUAAACGGUUAACGACCGUCUUGAGAGAUAUUUUACAAAGUGAUCGUUAUGACCGAUUCAUUCAUAACAUUCUCUUUAUUUAUCUUUCUUUCGUUCCUUCUGUCGGGUCAAGUUCGUUCUGAUAGAUUGGACGGAAGGUUACCAAAGUCUGUUGUCCCUCUCUCCUAUAUUUUACGUAUCAGACCAGACUUUUAUUCAAACGAUACAAACAACUUUAAGUACAAUGGUACCGUCAAUAUACUUAUGGAAUGCCGAUUUCCUACGGAUCAAAUAGUUCUUAAUUACGACGACGAAGACGGUUUGAUAUUAUCCGAUUUCCGGCUGGUGGACACUGACGGAGUCGACUUAUUGCAUAAUGUAACGAUAGACAAUGACGCCGAAUUCUUAAUUGUUAACCCAUCAAGGAGCUUGGCAGUAGGGGAAAAUUUUUGGCUGACUGUUCGCCUGAAUGGUGGGAUAUUUGAUGACAGAUUCGGGUUUUUUUAUGCGGGAUACGAAGAAAAGGACUUAGGACAGAGAUAUAUGGUGUCAACGUUCUUUGUACCAAAGAUAGCUAGAGCCGUUUUCCCAUGCUUUGAUGAACCUUCUUUUAAGUCUAGAUUUAAACUAAUCAUUGAAAGAAAGUCGGAAUACUCUUCUCUUACUUCAACGCGUCGUGUUCGUACGGCUCCAAUGACAAACGAUUUUGUAGCUGAUGAAUUUGAUUGGUCACCGAUUAUGCCACUGUAUAGUCUAUGUUGGGCCGUUGUAGACUUCGCAUAUGUUGAAUCGUUUACAACAGAUGGCGUUCGGGUUCGAGUUUACGCCAGAAGGGAUCGUAUCGACGAAGCUAAUUUAGCCCUACAGAUGGCGACAAGAACUUUGGAGUACUUUGGAGACAAACUAGACUACAAUUAUACCCUCUCUAAAUUAGAUAACUUGGCCAUUCCCAAAGAAAUAGGAUACGCAAUGGAGCACUGGGGCUUAGUUACGUACGCAGAAUCCUCCUUGUUAUAUAAUAGUGAAAAGAAUAUCCUAAGAGAAAAGAUUCGUACGGCAAAAUUAGUUAUGCAUGAAUUGGCUCAUCAGUGGUUUGGAAAUCUUAUCACCUGUGAAUGGUGGAAUCACACUUGGAUAAAUGAAGGUAUAACAGAGUUUAUGCAGUUUGUACCAUUAAAAUCUCUCCUCGGUCUUGAUCAUAGCGAAAUGCAAAUAUUGGACGAUUUACAAAGAAUACAAGUAUCUGACGCUUUGAACACUUCUCAAGAAGUUAUACCAGAUAUACCAACAGUUUGGGAUAGUAGUAAAGCAUUCUCCAGAAUAACCUAUAACAAAGGUGGUGCUAUUGUUAGAAUGCUGAGAUCGGAUUUGGGAGAAAAUGAGUUUUGGAAGAGAAUUCAAACAGCUCUAAAAAUAUUCCAGUACAAAAGCGUUACUACAGAUCAAUUGUGGGAUGUUCUUUUACCAGAAGAGAAUGGCGAUACGUUGAAUGAAAGGAAACGCAAAUGGAAUACAUGGAUGGAACAAAUAAAUUAUCCAUUAAUUAGAGUAACCUUAGAUGCCAAAAGCGGUGCCUCGGUCCAACAAUUUCAUUACUUAGAUCCGAAAGACCAAAUAAUAAGCAAACCGUCCCCUCAUAACUAUAUUUGGAGUGUACCUAUCACGAUCAUAACUGCUGAUGAUAUGUCUAAUACGACAGUAAGAUGGCUCGUCAAUGAAACUGCCCAUCUACCGGAAGUUAAUGGAAAAGAAUGGUUUUUAUUAAAUUCUCAGCAAGUUGGAUUCUACAGAGUAGAUUACGAUUCUACUCUCCGAUCCAAAAUUAGUGAUAUUUUGAAGUCGGAUUUCAGUCAAAUUCCAUACGAAAAUAGAGCUCUGUUAUUGGAUGAUGCGUUUACCUUAGCAAGAAACGGUUAUUAUACGGAAGAUGUUGCUAUGGAAUUUUCUCGUCACAUGAGUCAAGAAAGAGAGAGAACCGUUUGGGAAACGUUUUUUAAGGGAUCACAACAAAUUGAACGUCUUCUCGGCUCUCUUAAUGAGACGUCUAACCUAAUUCGGAAUUAUCUGGUUCAUCUAAUUGAUCCUACCUAUCAGGAUUUGGGAUUUGACGAAAGGGAUGAAGAAGGAUUAUCUAUCAAAUUACUACGCUUUGAAAUAAUAAAAAGAGCGUGUAAUUUCAAUAUCGGAAAUUGCAGGAAUAAAGCUGAGGAAUUAUUUCAAAGAUGGACUGAAUUAGGAGACAAGCCUAAACCUGAUAUGGUGUAUACGGUAGCGUGUCAGGGAGCUUUAACGAGUACGGAUAACGGAUGGGAUGCUAUUUACGAAAAAGGUAAAAGUGAAGAAAGGAACAAUCGUUUAGCCAUUUUGAGAAGUUUGUCAUGUAAAGAUGAUAAAUCAUCACUGGGGAGAGGUGCCAAGUAUGCAAUUCUAUCAACAAUGGCAUCCUUUAUAGUUGAUCAACAAGAACUGAUAGAGUUACGAGAAUUUCUUGAAAAUGAAGAUGAAUUAAAUAACCCAUCAGCGACUUCCGCAAUAGACAUUGGCGAAAUUAACCUAAGUUGGUUGGACAAGAACAAGGAGCCAUUAAAACGAUGGUUAGAAGAAAUUUGA